AUGCUUGACCCAUCGCUCGCCAUGACCAAAGUAUUGCUAUCUGCAUUACUUGUUCUAACUGCUUGGGCACAGGACCCCUACACUCAGAACUACGACUCCAACAGCCCCUACACCAGCAUAUGGACGUCUACUGCCAACAAUGGCACUCUCAACACCAAUGGCGCUAUGUUCUGGCCCGGGAUCGCUGCUGGCUGGGAAGGCAUCAUCGUCGUAGAUGAGGUUGCUUAUGAGUAUCUGGGGACCGGAUUGCAAUCUCUUCCACCCCUCAGUAACAUCAAAACUGCUUCUCAACUCGCCGUCUCAUUCGAUUCUCAAUACUCGAACUUCACCAUCCGUGCUGGCCCUGUUGAUCUUGUCGCGAGUUUCUUCAGUCCCGUCAUACCACAGGACCUUUGCCGGACCAGUGUUCCUUUGAGCUACCUUCAAGUCAGCUUUCACAGUACGGACAACCAAUUUCAUGAUGUCCAGCUAUACAGUGAUGUCAACGCAGGUUGGAUCUCACCAGAGACUAACACGACCGUGAUUUGGAACCUGUUUGAAGGAGGCUCGGCUGUCAAUGGAAGUGGUAAUGCGACUGGUGGUCCGUCUACGGUCUAUAGUUGGGUGCUCUCUCAGCAAAACCAGUAUGAGUUCGGAGAACAGGCAGAUUUCCCUCAGUGGGGCAGUCUCACCUACUCGUCCAGUCCUGGCAGUUCUCGAAAGUUCGGUUUCCAAAGUGGCUAUUCCCUCGACCUACGAUAUAACUUUGUCUCAAGACUUCGGCUCUCUGACAUUGUGGAUUCCAAUUACCGUGGUGCUCAGAGUAAGGAACCCAUCUUCGCCUUCGUCCAUGACUUCGGCUCCGCAACUUCAGGGAGCGCUCUCUAUACUAUCGGGACAGUGCAACAAAACGUCAUCAGGUUCUUGACAUCAGAUGGACUUGUCUCUCUACAGCCAUGGUGGACGGAGUGUUAUGGAGAAGACUUGUUCGACCUCAUCGAGUUCCAUUACAACGAUCUCACGACCAGUCAAGCCAAGGGAGCUAAUUUUGAGGCUCGGCUCAAGGCAGACGUACAAGCAUACUACUCGACGACCCCAGGACCAAUAUACAGUAACAGCACUCCGUAUCCUCCUCCGUUGUACGCCAAUGCCUCGGGUGAAGAAGAACACGGUAUAGACCAAUUCGACCAGGCAUAUAUCUUCGACUCAAGUAAUGGAUAUGGUUUCCUCAGUCCUAACAACUUCAGCGGUGUUGCUGUUCCUGAUGUUUCGGAAGCUGAGAGCUAUUAUGCUAUUGUCGCAUUGAGCGCGCGUCAAAUUAUGGCAGCAUAUGUUUUGACCGCUCCGCCAAUCCUUCAAUACAGCAACUCAUCCUCGAUCACGCAAGGCGAACCACUCAUGUUCCAGAAGGAGAUUUCGAGUAAUGGCAACAUGAACACCGUCGACGUCAUCUUCCCAGCGCUACCCUUCUACCUCUACGCCAAUCCCCAGAUGCUUAAAUUCGUGUUGAAUCCACUGUUCUACCAUCAAGAAAAUGGAUUCUAUCCCAAUGGCUACAGCAUGCACGAUCUUGGAACGCAUUUCCCGAAUGCCACUGGUCAUGUCGAAGGUAAUGAUGAGUACAUGCCAGUCGAAGAAAGCGGCAACAUGCUUCUGAUGGCUUACGCAUACUUCAAAUUCACCGGAGAUGCAAGCUUUCUCUCUCAGCACUACGCGAAAUAUCGCCAAUGGGCGACUUACGUGACUGAAUACUCUCUCGUGCCAGACGCUCAGCUGAGUACUGAUGACUUUGCUGGAACACUUGCCAACCAGACCAACCUGGCGAUUAAAGGUAUUGUAGGGCUCAAAGCGAUGUCCUUUAUUUCCNNAGAGGCUCUAGGUGACCUUGUAGCUGCGGCCAACUACUCAGCUACUGCAACGUCUUACUUUACGCAAUGGGAGCAGUUUGCGAUUGAUCCAAGCGGUAGACAUACCAUGCUCGCCUACCAGAGCCGUGGAUCCUUUGGUCUGCUUUACAACACCUAUCCCGACAAGCUUCUAAAUCUCGGUAUCAUUCCUCAGAGUCUCUACGAUAUGCAGAGCGACUGGUACCCAACCAUUUCUCAAGUUUUUGGUGUCCAACUCGACAGUCGUCAUACCUACACAAAGUCUGACUGGGAGAUGUGGACCGCAGCUACAUGCUCCCCCGAAACUCGUCGACUCUUCGUAAAUUCGCUAGCAUAUUGGCUCAACAACACGAGCACGAACCUGGCCUUUGGCGAUCUCUUCGAGACUAUUGGCACCGGUGGCUACCCUGUUGGAGGACCGACUUUCAUCGCGAGACCUGUCGCUGGCGGUCACUACAGCUUACUGGCACUUCUCAAAACUGGUCAAAACAGUCAGACUGGCACUUCACCUGGCAGUUUCUCACAGAACAGUACGCAGGCCUUGACAGAGUCUCCUGCAGGAUAUCUGAACAUUUCAGCUUCAAGUGCUUCGCCGUCGACAACGAGAACAGCUACAGCGUCAGCACCAUCUAGUUGGUAUUACAACAACUACACUACCACACAUACUAGGCUUGGGUGA